GAUCACCAAUCAAACACUACCUUAAUACCCCUCCUCCCUGCCCGAACGCGCAAACACCCGCCCCGUCCCCAUCGAGAUCCCGCAUCCGCUCGCGUACCGGCCAGCGACGAUGGCGACGCUUACGGUCCCCGCCGCCGUCCCGCCCGUCGCCGACGACUGCGAGCAGCUCCGCAAGGCGUUCCAAGGGUGGGGCACGAACGAGGCGCUCAUCAUCUCCAUCCUGGGCCACCGCGACGCCGCGCAGCGCCGCGCCAUCCGCCGCGCCUACGCCGAGGCCUACGGCGAGGAGCUCCUCCGCUCCAUCACCGACGAGAUCUCCGGCGACUUCGAGAGGACCGUGAUCCUGUGGACGCUGGACCCGGCGGAAAGGGACGCGGUGCUCGCCAACGAGGCGGCCAGGAAGUGGCAGCCCGGGAGCAGGGUGCUGGUCGAGAUCGCGUGCGCGCGCGGGUCCGCGCAGCUCUUCGCGGUCAGGCAAGCGUACCACGACCGCUUCAAGCGCUCGCUCGAGGAGGACGUCGCCGCGCACGUCACGGGGGACUUCCGCAAGCUUUUGGUGCCUCUCCUAAGUGCAUACCGCUAUGAGGGUCCAGAAGUCAACACAAGGUUGGUGCAUUCAGAAGCCAAAAUACUUCAUGAGAAGAUCCAUCAUAAAGCCUACAGUGAUGAUGAGAUCAUCAGAAUCCUCACCACUAGGAGCAAGGCUCAGCUGCUUGCAACAUUCAAUCAUUACAAUGAUGCAUUUGGCCACCCAAUCAACAAGGAUCUGAAGGCAGACCCCAAGGACGAGUUCCUGAAGACGCUGCGGGCUGUCAUCCGGUGCUUCACCUGCCCGGACAGGUACUUCGAGAAAGUCAUCAGGCUGGCCAUCGCUGGGAUGGGCACCGAUGAGAGCUCCCUGACCAGGGUCAUCACCACCCGCGCCGAGGUGGACCUGAAGCUGAUCAAGGAGGCGUACCAGAAGAGGAACAGCGUUCCCCUGGAGCGCGCGGUGGUCGGAGACACCUCUGGCGACUACGAGAGGAUGCUCCUCGCACUCCUGGGGCAGGAGUGAGCCGUGCGUCUCUGCGCAGUGAUAUCCUUCAUGGUCCGAUCAUCAGAUAGUAAACCUGGUAUGCGUAGCUGUAGUGCAAACAUGAGGCUGUUUCUUCAGUACUGGUACUGUUGUCGCUGCAGCUUGCAUAGCAGUGGUAAUGGAAUAAAUUGUGUUUGUGAUGAA